AUGAUCGGAUCUUUAGCCAAUUAUUCUAAUACAAUACCAAGCGCACCUGCAGAAGGUGAUGCAAAAGCUGCCCCACCUUCAGCCCGAAUGGGCACACUUAUUGGCGUGUUCUUGCCAUGCAUUCAGAAUAUUUUCGGUGUGAUAUUGUUCAUUCGUUUAACAUGGGUCGUAGGAACUGCUGGCGCCAUUUGUGGUUUCUGCAUAGUCUUGACAUGCUGUUGUGUGACGAUGCUUACGGCUAUUUCGAUGUCAGCAAUUGCUACAAAUGGAGUAGUGCCGGCGGGUGGAAGUUAUUUCAUGAUAUCAAGAUCUCUCGGUCCUGAAUUUGGUGGCGCUGUGGGAAUGUUAUUUUACACAGGAACAACCCUUGCCGCAGCUAUGUAUAUUGUCGGUGCUGUUGAAAUUGUCCUGACUUACAUGGCUCCAUGGCUAUCCAUUUUCGGCGAUUUUACAAAAGAUCCGGAAAUAAUGUACAACAAUUUCCGAGUCUAUGGAACGGGUCUUCUGCUACUGAUGGGCUGCAUCGUGUAUCUUGGUGUGAAUUUUGUCAAUAAAUUUGCAACAGUGGCACUUCUUUGCGUCAUAUUUUCCAUUGUUGCUGUUUACACCGGAAUAUUUACUAACAUUCAUGGAAAUGAUCGUUUAAACAUGUGCGUUCUAGGAAGACGAUUGCUCAAAGACAUCCAAAUCGAUAAUUGUACAAAGGAAAUUGACGGAAUUUUAUGGAAGGAGUUUUGCGUAUUGCAGAAUAAUACAAAAGAUCGUGACUUCCUGAGAAAUCCAGAUGCUUAUCGCUUAAAGGAGGAUAAUUGGAAUUGUGAUUCGUAUUUCCAAGGCAACAAUAUUUCAAUCGUACAAGGAAUUAAAGGAUUGUCGAGUGGUGUCUUCUUUGACAACUUAAUGCCAUCAUUUUUAGAUUAUGGUCAAUACAUUGGAUAUGGUGGACAAAAAAAUCCUGAAGAUUAUGAGCCCAUGGGAGGUAAAACAUAUAACCAAGUCGUUGCUGACAUCACAACAACAUUUACGAUUUUAAUUGGCAUCUUCUUCCCAUCCGUAACGGGUAUUAUGGCUGGUUCAAAUCGUUCUGGAGAUUUAGCUGAUGCCCAAAAGAGCAUUCCAAUCGGUACAAUCGGAGCUAUUCUUACAACAAGCACAGUCUAUUUAUCAUGUGUAAUGUUCUUCGCCGGAACUGUAGAUAACUUGCUAUUGCGUGACAAAUUUGGUCAAUCAAUUGGUGGCAAGCUAGUUGUGGCAAAUAUCGCAUGGCCUAAUGAGUGGGUUAUUCUAAUCGGAUCCUUCCUAUCAACACUUGGCGCUGGUCUUCAAAGUUUAACAGGUGCUCCACGUCUAUUACAGGCAAUUGCCAAGGACGGAAUUAUUCCAUUUAUUCAACCAUUUGCUGUAUCAUCAAGUCGUGGCGAGCCGACUCGUGCCCUUAUUUUAACCAUAUGUAUUUGUCAAUGUGGUAUUUUACUUGGAAACGUUGAUUUAUUGGCACCAUUGUUAUCCAUGUUCUUCCUUAUGUGCUACGGAUUCGUUAAUUUGGCAUGUGCCGUACAAACGCUUUUACGAACACCAAACUGGCGUCCACGCUUUAAAUUCUAUCAUUGGAUUCUUUCAUUCAUCGGAUUAACGUUAUGCCUCUGUAUUAUGCUCAUGACAUCGGUCUUAUUUGCUGCCAUUGCAAUGGGAAUGGCUGUCGUUAUGUACAAGUACAUCGAAUAUUGCGGAGCUGAAAAGGAGUGGGGUGAUGGAAUUCGAGGUUUGGCACUCUCUGCUGCUCGUUACUCAUUACUACGCUUGGAGGAAGGUCAACCGCACACCAAGAACUGGCGACCACAAUUGCUUGUUCUCGUCAAGCUCAACGACGAAUUAAUGCCAAAAUACCGUAAAAUAUUCGCAUUUGUGUCACAAUUGAAAGCUGGCAAGGGUUUGACUGUAUGUAUGUCGGUCAUUCCCGGGGAUUAUGUCAAACGACAUCACGCUGCACUUACUGCCAAACAAAAUCUCCGUAAAUACAUGAGUGAUGAACGUGUCAAAGGAUUUGUUAACGUUUGUGUUACGAAAAAUGUUGCUGAUGGAUUAUCGAAUAUUGUUCAAACAACUGGCUUGGGUGGCAUGAAACCAAAUACAGUGAUUCUUGGUUGGCCAUAUGGCUGGAGACAGGAUGAGGAUAAACGAUCAUGGCAAGCAUUCCUCCAAACCGUACGAACAAUUAGCUCUGCACGUAUGGCUUUAUUAGUGCCAAAAGGUAUCAACUUCUUCCCCGAUACAGCAUCGAAAAUUGGCGGCAAUAUUGAUGUUUGGUGGGUUGUUCAUGAUGGUGGAUUACUCAUGUUAUUGCCAUUCUUGCUCAAGCAACACCGUACAUGGAAGAACUGCAAAAUGAGGAUCUUUACGAUUGCACAAAUGGAAGAUAAUUCGAUUCAAAUUAAGAAGGAUUUAAAGAUUUUCUUGUACCAUUUGAGAAUUGAAGCAGAAGUGGAGGUUGUAGAAAUGAUGGAUAAUGACAUAUCAGCAUACACUUAUGAAAGAACAUUAAUGAUGGAACAGCGCAACCAGAUGCUUCGUGAACUUCGUCUCAACAAGAAGGAGUCUAUGGGAGUGGUACAAGCAAUCGUCGACCAUCAUCAUCCGGGACAUGAAGGAACACGAACCACAAUUAGUAAAGUGAGAUUUGUUGAUACAUCAUCAAAGACAGAUAUAAGUGAUAAAGUGCUAGAUGAGUCAACUGAGAUGGAAUUCGAGAAGGACAAAGAUACAAAAGAGAUGGAUAAUGAUGAUGAUGACAAAGCCAAAAGUUCAGAAGACGUGUCAAUCAAAGAUUCUGCUAGUCCAGAAAAACUUCCACUUAGUGAUGACGAUGAUGAUGACGACGAUAAGAAUUCAGAUAGUAAAUCAUCAUCAGCUCCAAAUACUGAUGACAAAAAGAAAAAGCCUCCAUACGAUCCAAAAUUGUUUAGAGAUGAGGGCAAUGUGCGACGUAUGCAUACAGCUGUGAAACUUAAUGAAGUGAUUGUUAACAAAUCCCAUGACGCUCAAUUAGUAAUUCUCAACCUGCCUGGUCCACCGAAAGACACAUCGCUGGAACGAGAAUGCAAUUACAUGGAAUUUUUAGAAGUAUUAACUGAAGGCUUAGAACGUGUUUUGAUGGUGCGAGGUGGUGGUCGUGAAGUCAUAACCAUUUACUCUUAAGUUAUUUAAAUAAUUAAAUUUUGAAGUUAUUUAACUGAUGAUGAUAUUUAAAGAAACUUAAUUAAUUAAUGAUGAAAAAAAAUCCCAUUUAGGAUAAAUGAAUGAAAAUUUAUGAUGAAAUUAUAACACAACACAUACAUGGUAGUUAAUUAGAUGAACUCAGUAUUACCAAGGUGAAAAAUGAAGGAUUUAGGAAUUUUCAAAAAAAAAGUCAUAAACUUAAUAUUUAAUAAAUCAAAAAAAAAAUGGAGGGAAAAAGCUUCAAUUGGGGUGAAUUUUCUCGAUGCUGCUUCUAAUCCUAUUUACUGGAGGGCUUAUUAAAUUAAAAAAAAAAAGUUCAUGAAUCGUUGCAAGAUGAUGAAAAUUUGAUGAGAUUUUCAAGCUUGUUUAAUUAAAUUCUUGAUCAUUCUUUAAUCCAUUUCUUAUGGAUAUUGAAAGUCUAUCUGAAUGAUAUAAGAAUUUAAUUUACCAGGUCGAAUGUCUGAUGAUGUCAAGAUAGUCAUGUGAGGUAGUAGAUAUUGGGUGAAUUACAAGUUCUCCGGGAGCUGUAGAUUUGAAAUCUUAUGAAUUUGAACAAAUUUUGGCGGGAAAAUUGUGAUUUCUUAAUUCUUAGCAUUCUGCUAAGAUAAUAGCUUCCUUCAAAUGUGUGCUGAUUGGGUUUAUUGAAUCAAUUCUUUUAUUUCCUUUCAUAGCUUUCUUGACAGUCAUAAUUGAAUAUAGAACAAGCAAGCCUUCAUCAAAUUCAUAAAGUAUUAAGUGAACUUUGAUAAUUGUGUUAAGGAACAAAGUCACUAUCCUCCAGAGCAUGCAUAAAAAAGCACAAAAAUCAAAUAACAGUUGCUUGAUGACUUCGAAAAAUAUAAAAUUUAAUUAGAGACUGUCAUUUAAUUUAAGUGAUAAUUGAGAAGCACCAUCGAGAAAUCCAACUCGGAUGGACGGAUG